AUGACUGCAGAAUUCAGCAUCCCAGCAAAGCCAGAGGAUCUGGCAGAUGAAGAUUGCGUCUUGGAUGUGAAAAUCAGCCGCUUGACAGCCGUGGAAAGCCUUGCUGCAGAUGAUGUGGAGGAGGGUUUCAGCCAUCUGAGCAGCAUUGCACGCAAGCGGCUGGUGGAUGGGCUGUGUUCAAACCUCUCUGUGCUGGGUCUGUCCAUUGGGGCUCUGGUCUCUGUGCAAGAGCCGGAUGAUGCAGCAGAGCACGAGGCCGCUGCCACUUCGCACAGGAGUGCCCUGACAGCAUAUGUCUUCCUGCUCUCUUGGCUGGCAAGGCUGGCAGAAGAUGAAGCCAAGGUAGCUGCCAGCACAUCAGACUCGGCGGCAGGUGGCAAAGGCAGGGGCAGGAAGAAGGCAGCACCGGCGACGCAUGCGAUGCUGCAGUGGGACUGGGACGGGCAGCGGGACAAGAUCGCGCGCUCUCUGGCCGUCAUCGCAGACAUCGACCUGUGGAAGCUCUUCCGCCCGCGGCCGCCCGACGAGCGGCUGCUGCAAACCUGGACCCAGUCUGCGCAGCUGCUGCUGGAGAGCGCGGCGGCGAUGAAGUCCAAGACUUCCAGGGACGGCGCGUUUGCGGUGCUGUCGGCCUGCGCGCUCAAGUACGGCCAGCUGGAGGCGGUGGCCGGCGCGGCCGUGGGGGCGCUCGCGCGCAACGAGCACAUGGCGGCGGCGCUCGCUGAGCUUGCCGAGUACUCGCAGGCCAAGUAUGACGAUGCCCGCCUGGGAGUUGAGAUGUUGGCGGAGGUGGCGGCUGUUAGCCCGCAGGAGUACGAGCGCCAGCAGAAGGACGAUCUGGCCAGCAGCGGCGGCGUGCGCAACACCGCCAGAUUCGUGGAGGCCCUUGCUGACAGGUGCCCGCAGCUGGUGGCGGCCAACGUGUCGAUGCUGAUGGGCCACUUGGGCGGCAAGGCCUACUCGCUGCGCUCCAGCAUCGUCACCGCCCUGGGCCACCUCGUUCACAGGGCCUUCGAGCGCGUGCCCGGAGAAGAAGCCGACGCGCAAGGCCGGCAGAGCUGCUCAUGCUUGCUGGUGAAGAAGAGUCAAAAUGCGCAACAGAAGGUCUUCAGAGAUCAGCCACAGCAAAUUGGGGCGCGCGCGCGGCUGCGGAGCAAGCACGCGGUGCUGGCGACGCUGCUGGAGCGGGUGAGGGAUGGCAACGCAUACACGCGCGCGCGCACGCUGCAGACCUGGGCGCACCUCGCCGAGCUGGCCUGCAUCCCCCUCGGCCACUGGGUCACCGUCACCAACAUCUCCAUAUGGGCGCACCUCUCCUGCAUCCCCCUCGGCCACUGGGUCACUGUUACCAACCUCGCCGUUGGUAAGCACCUUAAAUACCCCUUUAUUACCAAGCACGCUGCAGACCUGGGCCACAGGGUCACCGUCACCAACCCCGCCGGUGGCCGGCUGGAGGACAAGUCAUCCAUCGUGAGGCGUGCGGCGCUGCAGCUGCUGACGGCACUGCUGCUGUACAACCCCUUUGGCGCGCAGCUGCCCGAGACCUGCUUCGCUGCCUCCCUGGCAGAGUACCAGGCCAAGCUGCAGGAAUUGAACCCACAGCCAGAGAAGGCGCCAGAGGACGCCGACUUUGAGGAUGCCGGCAAGCAACCUGCGGAGGAAGCUGCCCCGAUGGAAGAGGAUGCUGCCUCCGGAGAUGACGUGGCAGCUGAAGGGGAGCCACCUGCAGAGCCCGCACCAGAAGAGGCCGAGGCUGACACAGAAGGAGAUGACCCCAUCCCAGAAGAGCCUGCUGUCCCAGAGAUGCGCCUGGCAGAUGCCCAGAACGGCGAUCCAGUGGGAGGGAACGUCACCCAGAUGCGCGCCCUGGUAGCUUCCCUGGAAGCUGCGCUGGCCUUCGUCCGCGCGCUGGCGGGGGCGGUGCCGGUGCUGACUCAGCUCCUGGCCAGCUCCACCGUCUCGGACGUGCACGACGCCAUCGGGUUACUGAUCUCCUACUCCAAAUUUGGCAUCGACGGCGCCCCGGCUGCCCUGCGCAAGAUGCUGCCCCUCGUCUUCUCCCUGGACCAGGCCAUCAAGGACGCUGUCAUCAGCGCAGUGGAGGAGCUGUACAUCAGCAACCGGCCGCCCCAGGAAGCAGCACAGUGCCUCAUCGACCUCACGCAUGGCUCCAACCUGGGUGAGCUGAGUGCUCUGGAGGACCUUGUGGCGCACCUGAUCAGGCACCAGCCUCAGCCGCUGCUCAAGCCCAUCACGCUGCGCGCGCUCUGGUGGCUCUGCCAACAAGCACACCGAGCUGCCUCUGCCCCGCCAAACGACGAGGCGGCCCAGGAUGGCGCAGCGGAGGCCGGCAGAGACAAUGUUCAAGAGGUACGCGGAGCACUGCUGCUAAUCAGCAUGGCCGCCGCCGUACAGCCGGACAUCGUCGCAGACAACCUCGACACCCUUCUGCAGGUGGGCUUCAGCCAGCGCCGGCCGGAUCCGCUGUCGGCGCGCAGUGCGUGCAUUGCUCUGCGCCACCUGGCGACGUCCAGUCAGCGCCCGGACGAGGAGCGGCUGCGGCCGGCCUACGCGGCCCUCGCCGCCGCCAUCGUCGGCCCGGGUUCGGGGGACCCCGCGGACGAUGGCUGGUACACCGUGGCAGAGGCGGCCGUCACGGCGAUCUACGCGCUGCACCCGCAGCCGGCCGCACUCUGCGAAGCCGCGCUGCGCCGAUUGGCGGCCGACGCGCUGUCGCCGGCCACAGCCGUCGGCGCCACCGCGGCGAGCGAGGAGGCCGGUGGAUGCGUCAGCGCCCUGGCCCUCUCCCACUUCUUCUUCGUGCUGGGCCAGGUGGCUCUGCAGCAUCUGGUGUACGUGGAGCAGACGGCCAAGCAGAUCCGGAGGGAGGUGGCCGCCAAGGAGAAAGCAAUCGCCGAGGCCCGCUCUGAGCGCCUGGCUGCCGGCGAAGCCCCGUCCCAAGAGAGCUCGGCGGAGGAUGACAUAGCGGAGCAGCUGGGAGUGGGAGGCGCGGCCGAGGACGCUGAGCUGGACCGGCUGAAGGACUGCGCCGAGGCCGACAUCCUGGCGCGUGCCAACCUCGUCGGCCGAUUCGCUCCCCUUGUCGCAGAGUUCUGCGUGCGCAGGAACCUGCGCUCGGCGCACCCUGUGCUGCGCGCAUCGGCCCUGCUGGCGCUGACUAAGCUCAUGUGCCUGGACGCGUCCUUCUGCGACAAGAACCUGCAGCUGCUCUUCACCCUGCUGCAGAACAGGGAGAUUGAGGCGGGGGAGCGAAGCAAUCUGAUCAUAGCGCUGGGGGAUUUGACCUUCCGGUUCCCCAACCUGCUGGAGCCCUGGACCGCCCACAUCUACCAGCCCCUCUCCGACCCCGACACAGGAAUGCGGCGCAAUUGUCUGAUGGUGCUGUCACACCUCAUCCUCAACGACAUGAUGAAGGUGAAGGGCCACAUCGCGCGACUGGCACUUUGCCUCCAGGAUGAUGAUCCGCGCGUGGCCGGCCUUGCCCAAGUCUUCUUCCACGAACUCUCCCAGAAAGCCUCCAAGAGCUCCAAUCCCAUCUACAACCUGCUGCCAGACAUCCUGUCCAGCCUCAGUGCCGAGCCGGGCCUGCCGCCAGCUCACUUCCAGGCCAUAAUGAAGACGCUGCUGGGCUAUAUCGGCAAGGAGAAGCAUGCAGACAGCCUGGUUGAGAAGCUCAUGCUGCGAUUUGAGGCUGCCACCGAAGCCGCGCAGUGGCGCAACCUCGCCUUCUGCCUGACGCAGCUGAACUUCACGGAGAAGGGCCUGCGCAAGAUGAUGGAGAUGGGCAAGAGCAUCCGCCAGUCGUUGGCCUGCGAGGAAGUGCUGGACACCUUCAAGGCGAUCUUUGCAAAGGCGCGCAAGCUGCCGAAGCAGACUCCGGAGCUGAAGACGGACUUGGAGGCCUUCGAGGCAAAGCUGGACGCCGACGCUGCCGAGGUCGCCGCGGAGGAGGCAGCCGCCGCGGCCGCGCGCUCGCAGGCGGCCGGCCCCCGCGCCGCCGAGCCGGCCAAGGCGGCUUCACCGGCGGAAGAGGCCGGGGCCGCACCAGCCGAUGAGGGGCCCGGGCAAGAUGAUGAGGAGCUUGCCGCGGAGGAGGCAGCCGCGCCCCUGCUUGGAGACGCAGCGGACGCGCCAAUCACUCAGCCGCCUGACGAUGAAGCUGUGGCAGAACUGGGCGAUGUGCUGGCCACCCUGGCACUGGACAAGCAGCCCGUCUCUGAGCCGCCAGCCGAGGCAGGCGGCGCACCCAUCCCUCCGGCCGACCAGGCUGCAGAUGCCAACGUCGAUGUCGAUGCCGCAGCGGCUGUCAGCGACGAGCUCGCGCGCCUUGCGUUGGCGCAGCCGCCGGUCCAGGCCGCCGAGCCAACCGCACCCGCCCCGCAGCCAGCACAGACAGCUGCAGCUGACCCUCUGAGCAGGGAGCGCACCACUGGCGGGCUUGGUGAUUUAUUGGCGCCGCAGGAGCCUGCGGCCGUCCAUGCUGGAAGGCAGCGGCCAGUGCGGCAGAGCAGGCCGUCUGCGGCGCAGGAUGCCACCGCGGCGCCUGCGGCCGGCCCGGCCGGCCGCCGCCGCUCCGGCCGCCUGAGCGCCGCGGCGGACCAGGAGAACCGCCACAGCGCCGAUGCCGUGGCGGCCGCCGGUGCGGCCACGGUGAAGGCAGAGCGGCGCAGCUUUGGAGCUGCGGUCCAGGAAGCUUCACCAAAGCCGGAGGUCGCUGAGGCUCCAGCAAAGGGUGCGGCGGCCAAGCGCGUGGCGGCGAUGCGGCAGUUCUGGGAGGCGACGGCGCAGAAGGAGGGACGCCCCCGCGCUGGCGCCCAGGGCCUGCCCCACAAGACCCGCGGGCAGGCGCCCCUGGCGACAGCCAGCUCCGUGCAAGACUGGAGCGAUGACGACUGA